AUGGGCAGUCUUGUGAAGUUUCUGAAGAGGCUGGCUGCCCUCCCCAACGGAGCUGAGGAAGCCCGGCCAAACCUAAUCCUACUUGUGGUUUGCUCCGCUAUGUUCCUUGAUCAGCGGGCAAAAGCUCUCGGAUUCUGGGCUGCAGCUGGUAGCGUGGGAUUCAUCGUAGGCCUUAUCCUAGGCGGUGUGCUGACGGCCCUUAUCAGCUGGCGUUGGAUUUUUUGGAUUUCUCUUAUUCUCUCUGCUAUUGUUGUGCCAACAGCCCAUGUCUUCCUUCCUCGAGCUAAGACAGCCCGUUCACCCGCUGCUCGUGAGAUUACAAAGGAAGAGCAAGAAGAGAAGAAGUUUUUCCGGUCCAUAAAGGCACAUCUGAUCCGUUUUGACAUACUUGGGAUCUCUCUGGGAGUUCCCAGCCUGCUUCUAUUGACUUAUGCACUUACCUCAGCCAAUACAACGGGCUGGGGCUCACCGUCUAUCAUCUCCACCUUGGCGAUUUCGAGCCUGUUGCUUCUCCUGUUUGCGUUGCACGAAUCUCGAGCACCCCAGGCUUUGAUCAACCCUCGCCUUUUUCGUCCAAGUUUCACACUCACACUCAUCCUAGCCGUGGCAACAUAUGCCGUCCGUCAGGCAUGCUCCUACUUCCUUACUCUCCAGAUUCAAUCCUAUGGAUCGUCGCCCUUACACACAUCUCUCCUAUUCCCACCGGUUGGCAUAUCUGCUUUGGUUACCAACACAAUUGCAGGCCGUUUGGUUCCCUUGCUCGGUGCCCGAGCCAUGUUCGUCAUCGGCUGGGCGCUUUGCAUUCCCGGUGUGGUACUGUUCAGCUUUAUCACCCGUCAGACGUCAUACUGGCGCUUCGCUUUCCCUGGUAUGAUAUUAUACAUUGCCGGCCUGGGUGUGGUUUACAUUACUGCAAAUUUUGUUGUAGUAUCCAGUGCAAGCAAGAGUGACCAGGGCGUGGUAGCUGGUGUAUUCAAUGUUGCUCUCCAAGUCGGAGGAAGUGUACUGGGUCUCGCGGUACUCACAGCCGUUGCCGAUGGUAUUAACAGACAGUACGGUGACGGCAAGUCGGGAGUUCUCAGCCUGGUCGGCUAUCAGAGUGUAUACUACUCAUGUAUUAUAUUGUGCGCAGUAGCUUUGGUGCUGAGCUUGGUCAUUGAGGUUCCAGAAGCAAUGAAGGGGAGCCUAUGGAAGACACCAGACCAAGAGCCAACGACGCAGCAGGUAAAGACAAGAGACAAGACGCAGCCCCAACAGCAGACCGAGACCGCUAUUGAGAUGAAGUAA